AUGAUGGACCGUCUUGUCGUCGGCACGAAGGAGCUCCUGACGACGUCUAAGAUCUACGGGGCACCAGCGUACAUGGUCGUUCCCUUUGUCGUCCUUGUCGUGGUCUACGUCGUGCUCGUCGUGCGCUUUCUUGAGCACAUGCGCGGUCUGAACGUCAGUUUUACGGGCAAAAAGCGGAAAAUGGCGCUUUUAUUGGGUCCGCGUCACGCAGGCAAGACGCGCUUUUUCCACCUCGUUCGUGAUGGCGAACACGUGGAAACGGUCAGUUCCAUGAAAGAGCAGACGGGUCGCUUUAUCGUGCACGGAAAGUACAACCCCGACAAGUUUGACGCAGAGCUGACGGUCGUGGAUUUCCCUGGCCACGAACGUCUUCGCUCACGAAUGGCGGACUUUUAUCCAGUGGCAGGAUGUAUUGCGUUCUUUGUCGAUGCGAGCGACGUGCCGUCGUUCCGCCAAGCUGCCGAGUUCCUGUACGACGUUUUUGCGAACAAAAAGGUGAACGACUUGACACCACCGAUCAUGGUCGUGUGCAACAAGAGCGACAUGCGAGAGGCUGUGAGCCCACAGGUUGUGCGGGACGCUUUGGAAAAAGAGCUGACGCAACUGAAGAAAACGCGGUCGUCCUUGGAGACAGAAGGAGAUGAGGAGGAUCAGGAUUUGUCUCAGGUCCCAGUAGGACGGGAUGGCGAGUCGUUUCAGUUUGACGUGGACGCGCCGUGUGAGAUUUCGUUUGUCAAGUGCAGCGUUAAGGACGCCGAGAUUCAUGACGUCGUACGCUUUAUCCAGCAGCACUAG